AUGGUUGGGCCCUAUGAGGAACCCCCCUUUUCCCUGUACAGGGCUAGCCCAAUAGGUGUAGCCACGCGAAAAUACUCGGGCAAGAAGCGCCUAAUAGUCGAUCUUUCGGCUCCGCACGGCUGCGUGGUGUCCAGCAUAAACAUUCUAAAACCACGUGAGCCUUAUUCCCUGUGCUAUGCAAGCGUGGACAACGCCAUUCACAUGAUUAAAAUCGCCGGCGCGGGCGCGUGGCUGGGCAAAGCGGACGUGACCGACGCAUUCAAAGUCAUGCCGCUCCACCCCUCCCAAUGGCAUCUGCUCGACAUACGUUGGCGCAAUAAACACUAUUUUGCUGUCUGGUUAACUUUCGGCUGCCGCAGCAGCCCACGCAUCUUCGACACGCUGUCGGAAGCGCUGUGCUGGAUUCUGCUGAACGUGCGUAAAUUGCCGCUUGUCCUGCAUCUACUGGACGACGUUUUGGUGGUGGAUUUUCCGUGUUCGCCUCCGGCCUGUUGUAUCUCUGCGUUACGGGACGCUUUCGACGAGCUAGGCGUUCCGUUAUCCGAUGAGAAGACCAUAGGCCCGCUGACCUCGCUCGAGUUCCUCUGUGCCAUGUGGCCCACUGAGAUACCGUCCCUGCCUCCGGAGCACUACUCCAGCGCGCUCCAUGAGUUGUACCCAAUCGUUAUCUCGUAUGCUGUCCUGAGUGAAGAUGAGUGCAAGGAAGCAAUGUCACUGAUGAGACAUUCAGCUGACGAGGACAUCGUAAAGAACAAGAUGAAGUUGACAUUCGACUAUCGCCGCAACAUGGUUCUCAACCCCCUGCAGUCAAGCAACAUACUGUCUGACUUUCCACGUUUCAAAGACGUCAAAGGCUUGGUUGAACAGGAUUUUGUUCUGAUGUUUGGAGAGGGUGUAUCAGACAAGCUUCUGGAGCGGUGGACGACCACAUACAAGAAGAAGAUCAUCCAACAAUGUAGAAAGCUUCCAUCCACCAGUGAGCUUGAAGAACUCCUGAUGACAGCUGAUGCUCUUGAGGAUGGCACAGAAGUGGAUGUUGACUCUGGCAAGCUGCUUUUAAACAUACUGUUCAUGUUGUAA